CCAAGAUCUCGUCGCACCACACAAAGACUUGCCCGCUACAGUCAUGGCUGUGGAUUGCACGGGCCAGUUUUCUGUUUUAGGAUCACGUAAAGGUUUAGCAUUCAUUGACCUUAAUGCUCCUCACACGAUCACUAAAAAGGUUUCGAGGAACAGCAAAUGGGAAUGUGGUGCUGUGGAAUGGAAUCCUCAUUUAACACAUGCUCACAUAUUUGCCUAUGCAUCCAACCAAAAAACAGAGAUUUGGUCGUGGAGAGAUGGCAAUAAUGCACAACAACACAUUCUAAGGGGUCACACAAGAUCAAUAAGUGACUUGAACUGGUCAUGGUUUGACCCUCAGCUUCUUGCCACUUGCUCAAUGGACCAGUUUAUUUAUAUUUGGGACUUGAGGGACGCAAAAAAGCCAGCCAGCUCACUUCAGGCCAUUGUUGGAGCUUCUCAAGUCAAAUGGAACAGAGUAAAUCGACAUGUGCUUGCCACCAGCCAUGAGGGAGAUGUGAGAAUCUGGGAUCUUAGGAAAGGUAACACCCCUGUGGUGUAUGUCACAGCCCACCUUUCUAAGAUUCAUGGAUUAGAUUGGUCUCGCUCCAGUGGAACAACACUCGCAACCUGCAGCAAUGACACUUUUGUCAAGUUGUGGAAUACAGAAAACCCUCGGCAACCAGAAUACCAGCUGAAGGCAAAUUCCCCUGUCUGGCGGGCCAGAUUCACACCAUUUGGUGAAGGCCUUGUAACUGUCACUGUCCCUCCACUGAGGCGAGGAGAAAAUAGCUUAUCUUUGUGGAAUAUACUGAACAUCAGCUCACCCGUGCCAUCCCCAGUGAAUACAUUUGUUGGUCACAGUGAUGUUGUUUUGGAAUUCCAGUGGAGAUCUCAAAUAAUGGAAGAUGAGGAACAGUUUCAACUCAUCACCUGGGCCAAAGACCAAACCUUGCGAAUGUGGGCAAUGGAGUCUAAAUGGAUCAUGGCCUGUAGUGGAGAUGUUACAGCCAAUUUUCCUUCUGAAACCACGGGCACAACAAGUCCCACCAUGUGCGACGACUUGAUUGAAUCCGCCAUAUCAGAGUCUGUUAUUAUUGGUUCGGCUGACGUGAUCCCUGUCAUGGCUGCACAACCACACACUUUACAGCAGGAGUUUGCGCUUAUUAACGUUAACUAUCCAAAUGUAAUUGUUGAACAGAUGGACGCUGGACACAGGAGCUGUACGGUGAACGUUACCAAUGGCCGUAAUGUUGUAUCGUUAUUAAUAAACUUCCCAGCUCACUAUCCCAAUAAUGCCAUACCAUCAUUUGAGUUUACGCCUGACUCCUCCAUUGACCUCAGUACUAAAACCAAGCUAAUGAAGGGUUACUUGUGUGCUUCAAUUUACCGGGAAGAUAUAGUGGCCGUGUGGGGUCUGGUGGAGAGCCAACUCCCAGGUCCCUGUCGGCCUUUUCUGCGUACAGCUCUCGCCCCAGUGGCGGCCCAGCUCUCCCUCCUCUCACAAACAGCUCGCUUCAGAAGUACAGACCUACAUUCGGUGCAUUCGGACAACAAUCGUCUGCAAGGAACAUGAUGUUCAGAUCGUUAAACCAGCAAGGUGAUUUACAUGAUGCACAGAAGUACGGUGGAGUGACCUCAAGGAGUAGCGAUGUUGGCCCCGUUGUGAUUCGUGACGUCAGUGCUUUGAUGCCCAUCCACCAGUCAUUGGGACAAGCCUACACGCUGGAAGGAAAGAAAAUCACUGAAAUAUGUAAAAAGAAUCUGGCAGCUGCUAUGACAACUGGCCGCAAAGACCUGGUACAGACGUGGUCGCUUUUGAGUUCAGUCCUCGAUAAGAAGCUCGCGCCCACUGAUUCGAUGGAUGAGACGCCCUGGGCACUACAUCCAUUUGGACGGAAAAUGAUCAAAUCCCUAAUGGAUUAUUACUUGGGCAUCCGGGACAUUCAGAUGUUAGGAAUGCUGGCAUGUGUUCUGGCCCACCCCUCCCUCCCAGAACCCUUCAAACCUCCUAAAGUUGACUUUAAGCCGGAAGUCGUUGCAUCGAGCAAGUUGUUCACUUAUGGCUCGUCCUCAUCACAAGUCGCUGAUACUCCUUAUCAAUCCAACAAGAGGCCAAAAUCUGUCGGGGGUGUCAUAACAGAACAGCCAGCUGAUAUGUCACCAGCGGAGGAGCAGUGGAGCGAGAUUUCAUUUCCUUAUAGUGGUGGCUGGUCGCCGCCUGUGUUCAUUCGAGCACAAAGUCCUCGAGAUGAACAGCGGAAACAGUACGAGAAAGAUUGUCGAUUUGUCGAUAGUUCAGAGCUUCAAUUACACGAUCAUUACAUGAACCAAUAUGCUGAUGUUUUGUACCGCUGGAAUCUGUUGGGCAAGAGAGCUGAAGUCAUCAAAUUCCUAAGUGAACCUCAAAAACCACACAGCGGAGUAGAAUUCAGUACCCGCUGUUACAACUGUCCUCAGAUGUUUCGUGGAGCUCAGUGUGGCACUUGCAAAGCGCUGGGUUUUCAGUGCGUUAUAUGUCAUGUGGCUGUUAGAGGCGCCAGUAAUUUCUGUGUGGCGUGCGGUCAUGGCGGGCAUACAUACCAUCUUAUGACGUGGUUCGAAACAAUGGACGUCUGCCCGACUGGGUGUGGCUGCCGGUGUUUAGAGGUUGGCACAUUUAUCGUCGACUGACUGCAUCCGUAUACAAAUUGGUCGAAUAACAACAAUUGCUACGACGACGUGCUCCAGAAACUUUGGAAAUAAGAGCAAAUUAAACUCGAUCGAGGAGUACCGGGAAAUGCUAUCAAGAUUCUUCAAAGUGGAAUCUUUUAUCUGGCUAACAAGUUUGAUGAUCAAAACUCUUAUCGAAGUACAGGCAGAUGUCCUUGGGGAACUUUUCAACGUGACCAGAAUGUUCUUUUGCCGGAAAGUAUUUCAGGAAGGGGCGACAACUUCUAUAAGUGUUUUCGACUGAGACUUCAUGUUUGGGUUACGGAUUUAUUUGUCAAAGGAUUGCGACUAGUAAACCACUUCAGAGUUAGACUUCAAAUCCGACCUCUUGUGAAUAACAGACCACCCUCCCCAGCCAGGCUCCUAACGACGAACUAGGGUUUGAGAUGUGACGGAAAUUUUUAUACUCUUACUCCCUCGUUGAUUUUUAUUGCUUUUCGCUGACUUCAUUUCAAGAAAACACAUCUUCUUUAAUAUGCUUUGUUACUAUUUUAUCCUCGCGGAAGUUAGACCGGAAAAAAUCACGAAAUAUCUUUUACCAGUCAUGUCGCCGAUUGUCUUGGGAAACAAAAACAGAAAAACUGUUAUCGUCCUUUUUUACAACAACAAACUUGUUUAUCUCUUUCGUUAACGCAGCAAUAGCGGACGAUUUAUAGUGCGAACAGAAGUUUGUGUUUAAACGGUUUUUUUUUUUUUUGUUUGUUUUUUGACUGUCCAAAAAGGAACUGCUGUACAGUGGAACGCGAACAGCAAGCUGCGAACGGUUUUCUCACACGCCACUUUCUUUAAGAUGUUUGAUCGCGUCACGCGAAGCGGUUUGGAUGGAAUGCGUUGCAUGACGAGACCAAUGGGAUUUCAUUGGCGAAUCCAUGGAGAACGUCUGGGUGUCCGCCCCUUCAUCCUCCCCCACAAGAAAUUUGGAGAUUCCACUAAUUGGCUAAAACCAAAAGUGUUCCCACUCCAGGACUGCAUAUUACAACUCCACCUUAAAUACAGCUAACUUCAUCAUCUCGAAUUCUCUCCUAGCUUAUUUAGGCUUGAAAGAAAUAAUUAAAAAUUCUAGAUUCGACCCUGCAGUUUGCUCGUGGCGCUGUUUCAUCGUGAUAAGUUGUGUUUGCUAUCAACUACAAACGCCUUCAAAUAUUCGAUCAAAUAAAGGAAACAUUUUUUUAGUAAUUUUAUGUUCUGCUAGCUUCGACACCUCGUGUGUUCUGGAAUGACUAGGGACCUUAAGCAAUUGGGACGGCAACGCUAAGGAAGACGUCGA